AUGGAGCUUCCACCAGCCAAUAAGAAGACCCGCAAUCGCAAGAAAAAAAGACGUCGAGCGGCUCCUGCAACUUCUACAAUUGCUGCUACACCUGUGAUGACGUCAUCAUUGAGCCCGGACACUCUGGAGGACGUCGAGUCUAACUCGUCCAAGAGUAUUGAUGGCUCCAAUUCGACAGCAUGUCGCUCCUUUUCACCGCUGAGUGGCAGUAGUGGCCAGAGAUUCAGUAGUGGAGAGGAAGAAGAUUAUGAAGAUAACGAGUACUCGUCCGAGAGCGAGGAAGAAGGAGAAAGUAGCUAUAAGCCAGGAGGCUACCACCGUGUGCAGAUUGGUGAGGUGUAUAAUCAAAGGUUUGAGGUGCUGGAGAAGCUCGGUUGGGGACAUUUUUCUACCGUAUGGAAGUGUUUAGAUAGACAAACAGGAGAUACGGUGGCCAUGAAGGUGCAAAAAAGCGCGCGUCAUUAUACGGAAGCUGCCAGAGAUGAGAUUGAACUAUUGGAAUGCUCAGUGCGUGCGGCCCGGGCAGAGUUUGAAUCGACGGAGCAGCAAGAGGCGAUUAAGGUGGUUUGUCUUGUCGAUUCGUUCGAACACAAGGGUCCCAAUGGCGUGCAUGUGUGCAUGGUAUUUGAAAUGAUGGGGGAUAAUUUGCUGACUCUUAUCAAGUACUAUAAUUACCGGGGAGUGCCCUUGCAGCUGGUGCAGCGUCUUACGAAAGAUAUCAUGGAAGGACUGGCGUUCCUUCACGACAAAUGUCAGAUCAUUCACACUGAUUUGAAGCCCGAAAAUGUGCUUCUCUCCCAUCAUAUCCCGCAGCUUCCAGCGAUACGGAAGUCGCAGUGGGACGCGUUCUAUGCGAUGCGUCGUGCACGGCGCGAGAAGGGAGCAAAAACACCUACAAAUAGAGACGAUACAGCCAGCAGUGCUUACGAUGUUGCUGCAAAUGGCACUGAGAUGUUAAAAGAAGAGAAAAAGCGUUUAAAGAAUAGACUGAAAAAGAAGCGGCAAAAGCUAAGGAAACAGGCUGGACGCGAGGCUUCUAUGGACGGUGAUGUUGCAUGUGGCAAAAAGGAUAUCACUGCGCGUCCUACAGUUACUACGAGCGAUUCAUGUGUUGAUGCCUUGAGUAGCAGCUUGUCACAACUCGCGGUCUCUAAAAAUGCUGGAAUCAACAUACCAGCCGAGGCAGUUUUCAAAUCGAAUUUUAUUGGAGAUGUCAAUGAUACGAUCAAAGAUGACACAUGCACAUCAUCAGACGUAACGCGGACAUGGUAUCAUCAGGUUGGACAGCUUGGUGAUGAAGAAGAUAAAAACUGGGUGCACUUACCUCCGGCAUUUGCGGCACGAGUAAUGCUUUUGCUACCAGAGGGCCGUGUUGCUGGCUCGAAGCACAAGGAGCGUGAAUUUACUUUGACUGUGGCGACUAAGCCAAGACAACCGUCAGUGAAAAGUGCGAAUGAUGAAAAUGGAAAUGAAGUUGUGGAGACGUCAUUUGCUUUAAGGUAUCUGGACCACGUGGAUGACGAUGUGAUAAGGUCGAUUGAAGAACAGGUUUUAGGGCUGCGUGAAUGCAGCACACCUCAAAAACCCACCGUUUCGACUAAAAUGAUGUACCGUGUAUGGAGACUUGAGUUUGAUGCAAGAUACAUGCAUGCUGUGUUGGAUUAUUUGGAACGUCGUAUUGAAGGCCUGCGUUUCUUGAACAUAGUGCAUUCUUCUUGUGUUGCGCUUCCUGGAUUCUUUCUACCGAAGCCACCUAGCAACGGAUGUAUCACAAGCACGGCGAAGAACAAGAAAUCUGACGUUUUUAUGCCCGAUGUCGUCAUACAGGGAAUCAAUCUUGCAUCGUUGACUGGAUUGUUCGAGAAGAGUUUGGAAGUAAAACCGCUCCAGCAACGACUCGGCUGCUGGGCUUCGCGCUUAAACAAGCUCGCCAACAGUGAAGGUUUUGAUCUCAUAAAACUCAAUGCAAAGAUUUGCGACCUUGGCAACGCAUGCUGGACCACGAAGCAUUUUACGAACGACAUCCAGACGCGUCAGUACCGGUGCCCUGAGGUUAUCCUUGGCAAACGUUACGACACAUCAGCAGACAUUUGGUCCAUGGCAUGCUUUGUGUUUGAGCUGCUGACGGGAGACCUUCUUUUCGACCCGAAAAGUGGCCGAAAUUUCAAUCGCGAUGAGGACCACCUGGCUCAAAUGAUUGAAUUGCUUGGUCGCAUGCCGAAGUCGUUUAGCGGAUCCCAGCGCGGUUUACGUGAGUUCUUCAACCGCAAGGGCGAUCUGAAGAGGAUUCGUAACCUGAAGUUCUGGAGCUUGCAACAAGUGCUUUUUGAAAAGUACCAUUUCUCGCGUCAUGACGCAGAAUGUCUUGCAUCAUUCCUAGGCCCCAUGUUACGCUACGAGCCGUCAAAGCGUGCUACAGCCUACGAAUGUCUUGCGCACCCGUGGCUUGCUCAUGUGGAUGGGGCUGUAGAGAAGAAGGAUCCCGAGGGUAGCAGUCUUUGUAGAUAG